AUGGCUGCCAUGGCAACUUUCGCUUCCGAGCUGCAGGUCUGCACAAAGAACACCUUCCUGCACUGCGAGGAUCGUGAAGGGGAAGACCGGGCAGAUGGACUUCUGACCCGGUCUCUUUCAUGCCCAGCCUUCAUGACGGACGUGACGACAGCCCCCUGCCGCUCUACCUGCCCUUCGGUGGUGAAGUCACCGUUUGAGGAAGACGACAGGUACAGCUCAGUCAGCACUGCAAACCAGGAGGGCCUUUACUCCAGCCCAUGCGGGUCCGAUGUCGAGUGCCUCAGCGAGCUCAGCGGAAGCAGCAGGACGAACUCGCCGCUCAACAUCGGCUCCCGAACCAACUCACCGUGCAAUCUCGGCGUAGUCGGCAUCGCCGUGCCGAUGGUUCUUACCCCAACCGCGGUUCCAGGGAUGCCGCAAGCAAUCCAGAUGGUUGAGGUGCCCAUGCCGACGCCGCAGCAAGCCAUCCAGCAACCUUGCGGAACCGUUCCGGCCGCUCAGCUUGAUCUUUCAGGACCAGCUGGCCAGGUCGCGAUGCUGGUGCCGCAGCAAGCCAUGCAGCAACCCUCUGGAACAGUCCCGGCCAGUCAGCUUGAUCUUCCGGGACCAGUCGGCCAGGUGGCGAUGUUGACGCCGCAGCAUGCCAUCCAGCAACCAUCCGGAACCGUUCCGGCCACUCAGCUUGAUCAUCCAGGACCAGCUGGCCAGGUGGCGAUGCUGGUGCCGCAGCAAGCCAUCCAGCAACCCUCUGGAACAGUCCCGGCCAGUCAGCUUGAUCUUCCGGGACCAGUCGGCCAGGUGGCGAUGUUGACGCCGCAGCAGGCCAUCCAGCAACCGUCCGGACCCGUUCCGGCCACUCAGCUUGAUCAUCCAGGACCAGCUGGCCAGGUGGCGAUGCUGGUGCCGCAGCAAGCCAUGCAGCAACCCUCUGGAACAGUCCCGGCCAGUCAGCUUGAUCUUCCGGGACCAGUCGGCCAGGUGGCGAUGUUGACGCCGCAGCAGGCCAUCCAGCAACCGGUGCCGCUGGCUUGUUCCGGGUCCCAUGCAGCCGUGCAGGUGUCGGCUGCGGCGCCUGCAAAUGAAAGGCGGGCCCCCACUUCGAAGACCUCGGACCAACAGAAGCGGAUCAACAGGGAGCUUGUGGUGGCCGGCAAGAGAAGCAGCCUCGAGGUCCUGAAGGUGGUGCAGCGGAACAUUGGCCAAAUGAACGGAGUGAACUUGGCUACAGCAUUCCAUCGCAUCUCGCGGGGAGGAGUUGAUCUUCAACGAGUCUCCGGCUCCGGAAUCUUCAACAGACUUCUGGAAGUGGCCGAAUGCUGCGCUGAGCAGGAGCUGGCAAGCCGGGACGAAAAGGCCCUGCCUGCGAACUGUUGCACCAUCAUCGCCUGGUCCUGUGCGCAGCUAAGGGUCUUCCGGCCCUCGCUCUUUGCCAAGCUGGCGGGCGUCGCGACCCCGCACCUCCGCAGCUGUCAGCCCUAUGAGGUCACGAACAUGCUUUGGGCCUUUGCAGAGUUCUACAAGUACGACCAGGACUCUGCUUCCGGUGUGGCCCCAGAGCUCCGGGUUCUCUUGGAUGCGGUGGCAGAUGUCUUCAGCACACGAAGCCCUGGGGACUUCAAGGUGCAAGUCCUCACCUCGGCCCUCAUGUCCGUGAGCGCUCUCCCCUGGGACCAGAGCUUCUCCAGCACUUGGCUCCUGAACAGCACCUUCCAGGAGCUCUCCUCUCGCUGGGAGGAGCUGGAACUCGAGGGCCAGGCACAAGUCGCCGUGGCACUCGAGCGAUUGCGGGUGAAGUGCGCUCCCUUCUUCAACAGUCUCCUAAGCAGCGCCGGCCAGACGUUUCCGGCCGUGAAGAUCUCGCUGGAAGCUCAUUUGCUGAGCCGGGUCCGUUGA